AUGGCGAACCUCUACAACCUCGAACCGCAGCCCACGGCAAAGGUCGUCCUCAACACCACCGCCGGCGACCUCACCAUCGAACUCUUCGCGAAACAAACUCCCCUCGCCUCGCGCAACUUCCUCCAACACUGCCUCGACGGCUACUACACCAACACAAUCUUCCACCGCCUCGUCCCAGGCUUCAUCAUCCAAGGCGGUGACCCCACAGGAACUGGCUCUGGUGGAAUAAGCGCGAUCAACGACGGCGAACCCUUCCAAGAUGAAUUCCACAGCCGUCUUAAAUACAACCGGCGCGGUCUGCUGGGAAUGGCGAAUGAGGGCAAGGAUAGCAAUGGGAGUCAAUUUUUCUUCACACUGGAUGCGACGCCGGAGUUGCAGGGGAAGAACACGAUGUUUGGGAGGAUUGAGGGCGAUACGAUUUACAAUUUGAUGAAGAUGGCGGACGCGGAGAUGGUGGAAGGAGAGGGGAGCGAAAGGCCGCUGUAUCCGACCAAGAUUACCGGGAGUGAGGUAUUGGUGAACCCUUUUGAAGGCAUGGUUGCCAGGGCGAGAGAGGCGCCGAGGAGUAAGGGUGAGGAGGUCAAGACUCAGAUCAAGAAGAGGAAGAAGCCGGCGGGGAAAAAUGUGCUGAGCUUUGGGGUGGAGGAGGGUGAGGAGGAUCCUGCGCCGGUGGUGAAGAAGGUUAAGGCAAAUCCGAAAUUGGUUGUGGUGGAAGAGGAAGAGCCGGCGAAGGUGGAGAAGGUGCAGAAGAACAAGGCUCCGAAGCCGAGGGAAGAAGAGCCAGAGGUAGAGGCGGAGACGGAGGCCCCAAAACCUGUCAAGCAAAAGCCGGUGGCGGAAGAGAGCGAGGAUGAGGCAGAAGAUGAAGAGCCAGGAGACAGGCGCCAGAAAGCGCUGGACAAGACAAAUGCGGAGAUCGAAGCUUUAAAGGCGAGCAUGAAGCGAAAAGUCGACACAGGUCCCAAGGAGAAAGAGAAGCCGAAGAGCGCGCUGGAAGCCAUGAUACCGAGUACGAGCACACGUGGGCGGAAGCGAGGCAAGGUGGCGGACGAACGAGGAGCUAUGGACAUGUUCAAAGCAUUCAAGCAGCAACUCGACGGGCUGCCUGCUGAAGCACCUCAAACGAACGGUACAACGAAGCAACCUGAAAGCAAAGAGAAUGGCCACGCUGCCGAACCCACAACUACUGAACCUGUUGACGAAGAAGCUGAGCUUUGCGACCUGCACUUUAUUGCCAACUGCCAAUCCUGCAAAUCUUGGGACGAAGAUAAGCCGGAUGGCGAGGCCAACGAAGAUGGCGAUGAUGAUCCAGGAUGGAUGGCGCAUACCCUCACUUUUGCCAAAGAUGUACUGGGUAAAGACUUGGAGUGGAAAAAGAAGAUGGAGGAGAUUGAAGUCAUCGAUCCUAGGGAGAAGGCAAGGGCUAUCAAGGAGGAGAACAGAAACGGGAAGGAGAAAAAGUCGAAGAGAUGA